CUUGCACCGACUCAAAAUGGCGUUUGUGUUCAGACAGGGAACUUUCACUUUGCUUAAAGUUAAACUAAACUUAAGGGUCUCAUUUCUUACUAAGCACGGCUUACAUAUCUGUAAAGAUGAUUUACAAAAUACUUCCUUUAGAAAUAAUCUGAAAAAUUAUAUCACUGAUCAUAAAUACAGUUUAACAGCGGUAAGAAUUUAUGGAAACCACGACUUGGAGGAGGUGGUAUCAGAAACAUUCAGUGAAUCUACCUUCUGGAGAUUUGGUUUGUACAGAAUAAAGGAAAAUGUUAACUCUGAAUGCACUAAAGAACCUGUUAAACAUCUUGGGACACGAUCUUCAACAAUUUUUGCAAGAGGAUAUAAUGCAGUUGAACGUUUCUUGCAAACCAAGGGGAAGCUGGAAAAUUCACACGAGGAUGCUGCUCUCAGGGCACUAAAGAAAUUUUAUGUGAACAAAGAGGAACAUGAAAAAAGUUGGGUGAAGUUAAAAGACGUGUCAUCAGAAGGGCAGGUAACUGCAGUCAUUACACAGCAUCUUCUCUCCCAGUUACUUCCCUUCCCAUCCAGCUACUUUCUAGAUAACAUUCAUAGCAAAAGCCUAAUGGACAAAUGCCCUUGUGGAUGUGAACAGCCCCUUAACUUUGGAAGUACACUACUGGGUAGUCCCCAUCUUUUCCAUGGUUUCGUUGAUGGUGUCCUCAUACCUACAAACAGGGAUCAUUUUACAGAAGAAAAUUACACUAAAUCUGCAGUAUUUACAGCCAGAAAGAAGAAUGAUGAUAUUUAUUAUCAUCGUUUGAUGAACAAGGAGAGGAUGGAUGAAAGUGAGGAAAAUGUCAUUGAUGGGGAUGAGGAAAUUCCUAAUGGAGAAUACAAAUCGGAAAUAAAUGUAAUUGAUGAAAAACAGCUCUGCAAGCAAGCAAUAGCCAUCGCUCUCUGCAAGUACCAAGAACAUUCUGAUAUUAAGGACAGAUCUGAUGUACCAAUUGUACCAGUGUUUGGUAUAACAAGCGAUUCCUUUGAAGUUGCUGUCCAUGACCCUGUGCAUGACUAUCUCUUGAAAUCCAACAAACCAAUAAACUUAUUCGAGGAAGAUUCUCAAAACCUGAAAUUUUCCAGUGUUGUGGACUUAUGGUUAUUGAUUAAUCACAGCAUGUUUUUGACAACUCCCAGUCCACAUGUUGUGCAACGAUUAAGUGGGACAGCAAACUUGAUCCCUCAACUGGGGGAGAAAAGAUUUGAGAACAUUGUAAAAAGUUCAAGAUGGAUGUUUUUACCAUAUCUUCAUCACCAAUCAUUUCCAGAGAUUCCCGAAGAUGCCAUUAAAUAUGUUGAUAAAAAAGAAAAUGCCUUAGGUGACAAACAUUAAAAGAGGAUAUAAAUAAUACUGAAAAGGAUAUAUAACACAGACUUGUGAUGUCAUGCCAGGUACAUGUAUAAUGCUGAGGAGUGUUCUGGAAUUACUGACUGCUAUGUCUCAUGAAGGAUGCUCCAUCCUAAAGAUUGGACUGUAGAUUCAAGUUCUUUAAAAGAUCCCAACCUACUUGUUCACACAGAUUCUAAGGAAGCAGCAGAAGCAGAUACAUUUUCUUUGGAAUGGGAUACUUUAGAGAUUUUCUGUACCAAAAAAAAACCCAGGAUGGAAUUUCAACUGUUUUUAUUACAAGUAUUAUAAUAACUGUUUUUCAUUAUAUAUAUGACAUUACUAAUCUAAUGUAAUUAAAUAUGUGACUUGUAUGAGCAUUUAUUUCUCAGAAGGAGCAUGACUGUCACUAUACAGUACAGUAAAUACAUGUAUUUAACAGACAUUUUAAAAUAAUGUGUUAAUAAAUCGCUUUUAAAUAACCAGAGUCCAGAGAAGAA